CUGCCGCGGAUAUAGAGGUCGGACAGUAGUCGGCCGCCGGGGUGCGGGGGGUCGAACCCAUCACCAGUUCCACAGCUGGUGUUCGCCAGGUCUCAAAACUUGGCUGCGUGUGCGUCCCGCCGGAGUGCGCGACGGUAUGGGCCCGCGUGGGGAGGAGAGGGGGUGAGCCGCUGCGGCGGCGUCGAGCAAACAACCCGCGUUGUGUCGGCAGAAGGCCCGCGUUCGUCGUCGUGGUGGUGCGGCCGGCAGCGGGCGGCCAGGCGCACCCGUGCGUAUCAGAAGCCCGCGCCGUGUGCGGCCAUGUGGAGCGCCGGUCUCGUCUCCGUCUUCUGGGCCCUGGCCAACGGCCUCGAGCUGGAGCUCGCCGAGCGCUGGUACGGGAGGCCCUGCUGCCAGCGAGCCCGACUGGAGGGAUGCCGCCGGGCAUGCUUGCAGGCGCGUUCAGCUGACGACCUGGAACCGUGGUGCCGACGAAGCGACGAGCUUGACCUGCAGGUCUGCCUCGAGGGCCGUAGCGGAUUGGGCGCCCUGCAGCGGCCAGGCCGGCGCGGUCUCGAGAGCUGCUGCGCCCUGGCCAGCACGGCCGCCUGCCGUCGCCGGCGUGCAACAGAGCGCAGAGCGAAGAGCAGCAGCUGAAACGCGAGAACGACAACGGGAACAGGGAGCUGAGGCGGCUGCAGCAGCACAGGCAAGAAGAGGGUCAGCCGUGCGCCGAGCCCCAAGUGGUACGCUGCCUGCGGAACGUCACGUCCACCAAGCAGCCUCAUAAGCUGCACUGCUGCGCCCAAGCUCCCAGCGGACAAUGUCGCGACGCUUGCCUGCGAGUGCUACGUCCGCAGGAGGUGGCAGGCGAUGACGUGCACUGCUGAUGAAGAUGCUGUGGACGCCCUUCUGGCCGGGGGAUGCGCCGCGCCAGGCCUGCACGAGCGCCUGUGGCAGUGUCUGCUAGGCUGGCGCAGCGGGCCGUCUUCGCAGCUUCUGCCGGCCGACGGAGCCAAGCUCCAGUGCUGCCCUAGGGCCGCCACCAUCGAGUGCCAGAGGAUGUGCCUGCGGGCAUACGGCUCCGAGUGGGAGACUUCGUGGGAGACGUUCCACGGCCGCUGCCGCUACCAGCCAGCCGAAGCGGCUCUGAGACAGUGCCUCGAUGAUGUGGACGAGCCGUGCGAGCUGGGUUGUGCAGGACCUUUGAGCUUCUGCUCGCACCUGGGAGGCAGGCCUUGGUCGCUGUACCGGCGAUGUGACGCCAGCGCCGACCGCGUGGCACAGGAGAACGCUCGCCUCUGGAUGCGGAGCGGACCGCCGACGGCUGCGCCGGUGGGAAGCGGCGGGGGCGCCAGGCGGGAGGCAACGACGUCGGUGCUGGGCGACUGUCCCGCGGACGCGUGGAGGACGCUCGCCUGCACGCUCAACCUCAGACCCUGCCACGCCACACACCACUCGAGCACUCUCUGCAGGGCGGACUGCCUGGCCCUGGCGGCUCGGUGCAAGGACGGACGGCAACUGGCGCCUCUCUGCGACUCCCUGGCGCCUCCUGGAGCACCAUGUUUUUCGGUCCUCGGGCUCGACAAGAAGCCAACAACAAUGCCACCGGCAGCCGAGCCGGCGACGCAGCCAUGCCGAUCGCGGCCCUGUGGGAGCUCGUCCAUCUGCGUCGUGAAUCGGCAUUGUGCCCCGGGACAGUCCUGCAGCAUGUACCGGUGUUUGAAAAGUUGUCCCGUGGGCUCCGCGUCGGGGACAUUGGUGCCUCAAGGCUCUCCAGCACGACUGCCACGCGUCGAAGGUGGCCGGCUCUGCUGGGCUCGUUGCCGGUGCUCGGAGACCGGUGCCCUGACCGAGUGCGUGCCCACCGGCUGCGAUGACGCAACGCCAAGGAAGUGUUGGCUGGCCGGACGGUCUCGCUCGCCGGGAAGCCGCUUUCUGGUGCACGGCUGCCUACGCUGUCGUUGCGACAGCACCGGCCACAUCAGCUGCACUAGGGCAGCGCAUGACUGCCUUGUCCAGGACGUGACCUGCGGCUGCAGUCCUGAAGGUGACGAGGAGGGCGAGGUUUGUGGUGCCGACGGACGCACUCACCGCAGCGCGUGCCUGGCCCGCUGCGCCGGCCUCGCCCAGGGCCAGUGGGAACCGGGUCCCUGCCACCAGACGGACCCGUGCGCCGGACGACCCUGCCCUGCUAGAGCUCCUCUAUGCGUGUCAAGGAGGCGUGUCUGUCUGGGCCCGUGCAGACAGUUCAUCUGCAUCGGCAAUGCCACAGACCGCGCCAGCGGCGGAAACUGCCGCGGCAGUGGUCCGGUCUGCGACACGGAGGGUCGAGAACAUCCGAACCUCUGCGCACUGCUGUCCAGCCACGACGGUGACCCGAGCUCGUGGCUGGCGCACCACGGACCCUGCGAGCAGGGGUGCCGUGCGCGGGGCCCCGUGUGCGGUCUGGACGGCGAGAUGUACGCCAGCGAAUGCGCUGCCUGGGCGCAGCGGGUGCUGGUCGACUACCGCGGACCUUGCCUACGCCGAUCGGGCACAGAGAGCUGCGACCAAGUGCGCUGCCCGCAACUGCCACCAGGUGGAUGUCAAGCGCAGCUGACGCGGCUUCCAGGCACCUGCUGUCCUUUGUGUGGUUGGGGCCUGCGGUUGGUCAUGGGGCGGCCCUGGCGUGACGGCGACAGCGACCAGAAAGAAGAGCGUGCGUUGUCCGAGCUGCUGUGGUGGUUACGCACGCAGCUGUCCAGCACCCAGUGCGACCUGUUCGGCCACCUGGACCCCGCGCUGCCAGACUUCCUCGUGGUGCUCGUGGUGCCGACGUCGCGGCCCGCCUCCUGGAAUCUCUGUCGCGCCGAAGCGCAGCGUCUGGACGCUCUGGUGCGGGUGCGAAACCCGGCGCUCUUCAGCCUCCUGCCCAUGGAAGCAGUGGCCGGUUCCGCGGGACUGCUAGACGAAAUGCCGGAACCCACAUCGUCGGCGCCUGGUGCCGGAAGGCUCGCCGCGCAUGCGCCGCUCUUAACGCUCUUGCUGCUGCCUUUGCUGUUAGUGGCUGCUGUGUGCCCGGCACCACUGUUUGGACCACCGCUCGCAGCAGCAGCAACGGCUGCCUUUCAUCGGCAGCCGUCGGUGUCUGCGCUGCGUGCCACCCCGCUUGAGGGAAUUGCGGGCUACCGACGGACAUUAAUUGACAGAGUGCGGUAGCAUGACUGAUCGCUGGACGAAAUGUUUGGCUGUCGAGCAACGUAACUUGUCUAAAACGUAUCUUCGACAACGCGCGCGGCCGAGAGAACGCUUCCCACAGAUCUCACGCCAGAGGUGCAGACUCUCGGGUCUUGUCUUCACUACGGGCUGUUCAAGUUCUCAACUGUCCAGCUCUUGCGUAAGCUUCAUAAAAACCAAAGUGGUACACCAAAGAUAACUUUCCGCUGAGCGAAUCGCCAUGGAGUUAUACCCCGGCUUGUGAAGAUAUCUCGCACGCGGUCUCUGCCAUUGUGCUGUAUAGGAGAUGCUGAUACAUCUCCCCAAGUUGUCAUGGCAUGUUUUACGUUCGCUGCGAUGUCCCUGCUCAUUAACUGCCUUGAGAGUAACAAAAGCUGACCGAAGAUUUCUGUAAAAUUCUGCCAGCGUGCUGGCCUGAAAUGCACUGCGCACGUGCACCGCAAUACACCACAUCUACUGCUAGAACCUUAUGAGGCACUUCAUUUGGAAAUGGCGCUCGGUGAAGCGCGGAAACUGCUCUCGUGUGACCAUCGACUCGAGCGAGACGACAGUUUUUAAUCAUCUCAUUGUGUUAGCAUUUGAGUACCGCCGCACACUUUUUAAUUCGUCUCAACUUCUAAAUAAGGUACCAAGAAGGCGCGAUAGAACACCGAAGGUAAUUUUGAUUGCAUGAUCUCUUGACUUCUAGUUUCUAUGACAACAAGAUACUCCUGUUUUGACAAAAGACAUGCAACUCUGUUGCUUAUUAUGACGUUACCACCAGUUUUCUUGCCCGUCAUAAUCUUUCUCGUGAUUUCACCAUCAUCCAGCGAAUGUGCCCUGGCUGUAGUAGUAGUAGUAGUAGUAGUAUGCUUUAUUUCCACAAAAUAAAAUACAGUAUUGCGGAGGGAAAGUGGGGAAAAAAAGCUGCUCAUGGCAGCUUGACCAGCCCCAAAUACCUAUGUAGAUUCGUUUUAUUAAGCCACCUUGCGGCCUUUUUUUUUUCUGAAAAAGAAUGUUGUUUUUUUUCUUCUUUUUUGGGGAGGCGACUUCACAUGAUUACUGCUACCGAAGCGUAGCACGCUGCGUACACUGCUUAGCCUUUUUUUUUUUUUUUUUUGCAGGACACAGCGACAGCUCGACAUCCUGGAUGUUUGAAGCUGCCGUUUUUCAUGGUUAGAACUCGCCUUGCCAAAUGAUAAUUGCGCGACAUGUGAGAGCUGAUACACUUGCAGCCUGUGCACAUCUUCUGGCUUAGAUGACUCUGAGCCCAUCAGAAGGAAGAGCAAAAUGCGCGUUAAACGCAAUCGAGGUGACGAAACUGAUUGAGACAGAUAGAUGAUGGAUGGGCUCACUGACCAGUGUCAUCAUAAUGUUUAUAAGGAGCAGUGUGCUAUAGGCGUGCAAACGAACAAAGCUCUCCAGGUGUUAUAGAAAUUCCAAAGCAGUGGCACCAAUACUCAAAUGGGGCACAUCGGAAUGAAUCCACGCAAAGAACGCAUGACGCAACGUUUUUGAGGUUCCCAAAACAAUAUUCCGGAAGACCAAAAAGGUGACGUAUAUGGUAUACGGUGCGUUUAUAAAUCGUGCGACGUGGCGUAAGCUUGGAGGCUGUUUUAGUAAAAAAAAAUAAAUAAAUAAAAUAAAAUAAACAAGGCGUUGUUUCACCAUGCUUGUCAGAUGGGCUUGCAUUGCCACACAUAAACGCUGCUGCAGCUAGCCUGGCACUACAGAAACUGAAGGAAACAAAUGUACAGAAGAAAAAUAAAGGAAGG